AUGCAUCGACAAGCCGUACACGCUCCAGAUCGAUCGCAAGCGUCCCCUGCCUCUCCGACUGCGGAGAUCUGCAGCGACACUCGACAGCCAAGACAUCAGCAAACUCGACAAGCACAGCCCUCCCGAGCUCGCAUGUUCAGCGAUGGCCUACAAGGCUCUUUAGACCACAGUCAGAUCUCACGCAUGCCUGCUGAGCCGAGGAGAGCGCGCAAAAGGCAAGCAAGGGGCAACACGUCGAGGCGCAAUACAGCUUUGUGCCUGCUCGCCUGUUGUCCUCUUGUCGCCCCACUCUCGCUUUCGCCUCCCUCAGAGAGCGCUCUUUGUAGGACUUCGAGCUCAGAUUGGUCGACUUGCGCUUCUCAAUCGCCUCAUCCGACGCCACGACCCAAUGCGCAGUCAGACAGGCACGUUCAAUCAGGCGACGAUGGCGGCAUCGUCGUGCCUCUACUUCACGUUCAGCCUCUGCGCAAACGCUCCCCGUCGCACUUCAGGUACUGGGCUCUGAAGGAAAAGGAGAAAGUCAGGCACAGAUACAUGGAUGACUAUGCUACUUCGACCGCCACCGUCAACGUCUUGUCCAACUUGCAAAGCCUCAUCGAGACGGAUGAUCCUAAUCUUUGGGAUACCUCCUCCGAGCUCACGACCGACAAGGCCUUCCACAGAAGGCGUAAACUGGUCAAGCGGCAGCAAGCAGCGACAAACACCUCUACAAGCACGAAUGCGACGCGCAAUUUGGGCAUCUCCCAGAUUGUGAACUACCAGGCUGAUUUGGAGUACUAUGGACCCAUCGCGGUCGGUACGCCGUCGAGAUCCUUCAACGUCAUACUCGACACUGGCUCAGCAAACCUAUGGCUGGCCUCGACUAACUGUACAGAGGGAUGUUCUCCUCUCAUAAAAAAGAUACAGCCAAACGCAUCAAGCACAGCAGUCGACGCACAGUCUGCUUUCUCGAUCCGCUACGGCUCCGGGAGUGCCACGGGCGAGAUCUGGACGGACAAUAUCACCAUUGCCGGCUAUGAGCUCCUGCAGCAACCCUUUGGCGUUUGCGAUAACGUCUCGAGCAAUCUGCUAGGUGGCAACGUUUCGGGCCUGAUGGGCCUAGGCUUCGAUUCGCUUGCAACGUCCAAUGUCGUCCCCUUCUGGCAGAAUCUCGUCACCUCUGGCACCAAUCUCUCCUUUCCUGGCUUCUCCUUUGCUCUCACUCGCUUCAUCAACACCAAUGCUAGCAUCAUCGAGCCUGGAGGCAUCUUUACGCUCGGCACGCUCGCCAACGCGUCAUAUAUUGGCGACAUCAACUACAAUUACAUCCCGACCGGCAUGGAGUCGUACUGGCUAAUCCCCAUGGAUGGUCUGCUCCUGAAUGGAACCAACAUCACCAGUAUUCAGGGCCCUAACGUCGCCAUCGAUACCGGCACCACUCUCAUCGGUGGACCACCAGAUGAUAUCCAAGCCAUCUACUCACAGAUACCCGGCGCCGCAGCUGCGACGGGCAGCUACGAAGGCUACUACACCUAUCCCUGUAAUCAGAGCGUCAUCAUCAGCUUGCAGUUCGGUGGCAUCCUCUACAACAUCAGCAGCGCAGACUUCAAUCUGGGUCCAUUCACCGGUGGCACUUGUCUCGGCGCUUUCUUCGAUCUCGAUCUCUCGAGUAACAGUCGUAGCGUGAUCAGCUGGGUCAUCGGCGACGCAUUCCUCAAGAACGUCUACAGCGUCUACCGCUACGGUCCGCCGCACGCUGUUGGCUUCGCAACCCUGUCGCCUUAUUCGAAUUCGACCCUGAACCAGAGCAUAGCAGAUGGCAUCUCAAGCAGCGGACCGACUACAUUUAUCAGAAGCGGCAUCUUCGGUCCCUCAGCCGGUCCAACCUCCUCGCCGACGUCAUCGUCGAGUAGCUCUACGACUUCGACUCCUCCUCCUCCGACCAGCCAGUCGCAGACGACUCCUGUGAUGCAGCCCACGAGCGCACAACAUUCGUACUUUGUUGGCAAGAUCUAUCGUUGA